UACAAGAAGCUGUGUUUGGGACUAUGAUAGAUGUUUUUUCUGAUAAAAAACAAACACGAAAGUUUGUCUUGUUUAUCAAUGGUAGGUCAUGGGUCGCUAUAAAGGAGCGUACAUCUUCCAUAGAUAAAUUUUCACAGCAAAGAGCCCCCCUCCUGUUAUUAUUAUUGUUAUUAUUAUUCUUCUCCUCUGCCUCGAACUCCCCAUCUCUCUCACUUUCAGCUCUUAAACAACUCCUGUCCACAGAUUAGCUAGCAUUCCAAUGACGAAAGAAGAAAGCAGUAACAGGUCAUGUAGUUCAAUAUGUACAACAUCGUCGUCGUCGUCGUCGUCGUUUGCCACUACCAUCACCAACAAGCUCAAGAAACAAAACCCAGUGGACCAAAAAUCGAGAAAGGCGAGAGACUGCAGCAAGCACGCAGUUUAUAGGGGUGUUAGAAGGCGAGCCUGGGGCAAAUGGGUGUCCGAAAUCCGCCAACCUCGCAAGAAAUCACGUAUUUGGCUCGGAACAUUCCCCACGCCAGAAAUGGCAGCUCGUGCUCACGACGUGGCUGCCCUGAGUAUUAAAGGUGACUCUGCCAUUUUGAAUUUUCCAGAACUUGCUGCCUCAUUACCGCGCCCAGUGUCAUUAAUGCCACGUGACAUUCAAGCAGCUGCGGCGAAAGCUGCUGCCAUGGUCGACUUUAACUCAUCGUCACCACCCUCAUCAUUGUCGUCGUCAUCGGUAUCGGUGUCUGAAGAUGUGGCAGAAUCCGAGGAAGAAUACUUGAGUGAAAUCGUGGAGUUACCGAAUAUAGAAGGAAGCUUUGACUCCCCUGAUCAGUCACAAACCGAGUUCAUGUUGUUUGACUCGGUUGAUAGGUGGGUGUAUCCACCACUAGACUUGAGUGGAGAAUUUUGCGAUCAGUUACUGGGCCUGGAGAGCUUGAUUCCGAGCAACUUUGGAGGAUCUGAGUUGAAUUAAUGGCUAAUGAAAUUGGUGGUGUGCUUGCUUUUUAUUCUGUAUUUAAUUUUCUGCUUCUAUAUAAAAAUGUUUGGCUACUAGUCAUCAUUUUUAUUCUUACUACUGUAAUAUGAUUGAUAAUACUGUUUCCUAGACUAGCUAGAUGCUUUCUAUAUAUAUAUAUCACACACAUAGAUCAUAGACGCUAGCUAGUGCUUUGUAAAAUACACAGCAUGCAUGUUUGAAUAAAUAUGACUUUAGAUGUGUAAUAUAA